CGGUUGGAGCAGCGACCAGUCGCCGCCACCGAUGCAAGCUCUUCCAACACCUCCGACCGCCUCAACGCAUUGGAGAUGGACGUCGGCUCACUCAAGGAUCGCGUGCAAUUACAGCAGACCGCGACGCAACAGUUGCAACAACGGAUCUGCACUACCGCCAACACCUCGAGUUCGGAACCGCGCGAGACAGCUCCAAAGUUCGAUGGGCAGGAGAUCUUCUGCGACUCAAUGAAGACAGAUCCGGUUCCAUGGUUUCGCAAGUUCGAGCUCACGCUGCAACUCCACAACGUCAAGGAACACAAGCACCACGCAUACUUGUACUCUCGCUCAGGGGGCGCGUGCCAGGCUUGGUUGGACAACCUGUUGUCCAAGUACGGAGUGGUAGCCAACGACUUGCACACCAAGAUCAGUUGCGAUGAUCAGAAGGCGGCUUGGCACAAGCGGUUCCAGGUGGAGCCGCCGGAGAUCAAAGCCAUGGACAAGCUCAUGGUCUUCGAGCAAGGCGCGCUGCCGAGUACGGACUGGAUUGCCGAGUACCAACGCUUGACGUCAGUCCCAGACAUCCAGAUGGGCUUCAAGGCUAUCCGCCAUUACUUCAUCUCAAGGUCAUGUCCGGCAUUAAGCAAUGACCUGACUCAUGUCGAGGACACCUUGACGUCGACGGCGGAAUUGUUUGACAAGGCCGCACAGAUCAUCAUCACGAACAAGGAGGCCAAGAACCUCCGUUCAUCUGCGUCAGGCCCGAGCAGGGACCAGCAUCGGCCAAGAGUGGCCGUGGUCGCAGCGACAACGCCGUUUGACCAAACCAGCGAGGCUAUGUCUGCCAGUGAAGGGGACAGACUCGCAGCCGCCUGGGAAGACGAUAUUCUCGUCUAUAGCCGGACAUUGGAGGAUCAUCUUGGACAUCUUCGACGAGUGUUGGAGACACUCCGCUGCGCCAAGUACAAGGCCAACUGCGACAAGUGUGAAUUUGUCCGGCAAGAGCUGGAAUACUUGGGCCAUUUUGUCACACCCGAGGGCAUCAGUCUGCUAUCGGACAAGAUUCAGGCCAUCCGAGAGUGGCUGGAGCCUCGGAACGUCACAGAUGUCCGCUCGUUCCUCGGUCUUGCCGGCUACUAUCAGCGCUUCUUCAAAGGCUACUCGAAGAUCGCGGCCCACUUGAACAAGCUUCAAUUCGAGGAUAGGCCGUUUGACUUCAGAGAGGAGGCGCGGGGAUCAUUCUUCGCUCGCAAAGCCGCGCUAUUGUCUGCGGAGGUCUUGCGGAGAUACGACCCGCUCUUGCCUACACGCGAAGAAGAAGAAGAGAAGUUGAAAGAGGUGGAAGAGGAGGAAGAAGAUGAAACGCCACUGCAGAGGAAAAGGGGGCAGUACAGUGGCAGUAGGGAUGAGGAGAUGGAGAAGCGGAUCUCCGAGUGGGUCGCCAACUUGUCCCUGGGCGAAGAAGAAGAGGCGGCGAUGUACAUCUCCAAGGAUGACCAGGAAGCCACUAUGAGAGUCCGGGAAGCAGAAAAAGAUGUCGUGAAGCGGCAGGCGUUGGAAGACGAAAAGAGGAUGGAGUGGAAGUUGGCAGUGAUGAGGGAGAAGAAGAGGAGAGUGGACGCGGCAGCGGAGGCGGCAGAAGAAUUAGAGGAGGUAAAAAAGAUAGAAGAGCAACUAGCCGCCCAGACCGAACUCCCAGCCCAAAUGCGAGUCAUAGCUCGAAACGUGGCACGUCUCGCACGAAUUCAGGCGGAGCAAUAUGACUUUAAUAGGAGUCAACACAUAGCUGUGCAUUCAAUAAAGUUGGGAUUCCAGGACUUUGCUCGGGAGUUGGUAGGCGCUAUAGGCAUUGAGGUGGGCCAAGGCCUCGACAAGACUGGGCGGUUCUGUGUCGGCGCCAUUGAAGGCGUCAARGCGGCAGCUCCCAAGGAGGAGGAAGCACGUCCUCCUCGCCGAUUAGUGAAGAAGGAAAAGUUAGAGGAACAGGUCUUUGUUGCCUAUGUUAGGCCAGUGACUGAGCCUACGGAAGAAAAGCCGAUGGACCCUGCAAUUGCCAAGUUGCUGGAAGAGUUCAAGGACCUAACAGAGCCGCCGACAGGAACAGUGCCGCGGCCCAUCCAGCACCGUAUUGAGAUAGAGCCUGGCAGUAGAACUCCUAAGGGCGCUGUGUAUCGGAUGUCCCCGCGGGAGUUGGAGGAGCUUCGCAAGCAAUUAGACGAGCUCCUCGAGAAGGGUUGGAUUAGGCCCAGUUCGUUUCCUUUUGGAGCGCCUGUUCUUUUUGUUCCUAAGAAAGAGGGAAAGUUGAGAAUGUGCAUAGACUAUAGGGGUCUGAAUGCUAUUACAGUAAAGAAUGUUGAGCCACUGCCAAGGAUAGACGAUCUCUUAGAUCGAGUGCAGGGGGCCAAGUAUUUCUCUAAGAUAGAUUUGAAGUCCGGAUACCAUCAGAUAGAGGUUCACCCCGAUGACCAGUAUAAGACAGCGUUCCGGACUAGAUAUGGGCACUACGAGUUCAUAGUGAUGCCUUUUGGACUAACCAAUGCGCAAGCAACUUUUCAGCAAUGUAUGAAUGACUUGUUUAGGCCAUGGUUAGAUAGAUUCGUCGUAGUUUACCUAGAUAACAUUCUAGUAUUCAGUAAGACACUUGAAGAGCAUCAGGGUCAUCUUAGGCAGGUCUUGGAGAAGCUGAGAGAAGCUAACUUCAAGAUCAAUGCAAAGAAGUGCGAUUGGGCAAAGACCCAAGUUUUGUACCUAGGCCACGUCUUAGACGGAGACGACGUUAAGCCUGAAGACAGUAAGAUUGCAGCGCUUAGAGAUUGGCCCACGCCGCGUACGUUGACAAAGUUGCGGUCGUUUUUAGGCCUAGCCAAUUACUACAGGAAGUUCGUGAGGAACUUCUCCACCAUCGUUGCGCCCCUUCGCAGAUUGCUCAGAAAGGAGACCAUCUGGAAGUGGGAUAAGGACUGCACGUCUGCUAUGAAGAAGUUAAAACAGGCGUUGAUAGAGUAUCCAGUCCUUAAGGUCGUCGAUCCGUCCCUGCCCUUUGUCGUCACUACGGACGCUAGCCAGUACGGCAUAGGUGCCGUGUUACAACAAGACGAUGGCAAUGGUUAUAGAGUUCAUGUCCGCUAGAAUGCCUUCAGAGAAGGUCGCGACAUCUACCUAUGAGAGGGAACUCUACGCUCUCAGGCAAGCCUUAGAACACU